GACAGACACGGACAGAGAGAGAGAGACUCAAAGAGAGAGAGAGAGAGAGAGAGAGAGAGGGAAAGAGAGAGGUGGGGGGACCAAAGUCGAGUCGAGUUUCUGCUUCAGUCUCACGCGGGGCCAAAAGCGCAGCGGCGAGGAGCGGCAGCACGAGCCCAACUUUCCAGCGCGCGCAGCCCGCGAGGAUUGUUGUCGUACCGGCGGGUUUUUCUUCUGUUGAGUUUCGCCGCUUUUCUUUUUGCUUUUCUCGCGGUUUGUGUUUACGCUGCUGCCAUGGCUGACGUGAGCGAGCCCGCUUCGGGGGACGUGGCCAACCGCUUCGCGCGUAAAGGCGCGCUCCGCCAGAAGAACGUGCACGAAGUGAAGGACCACAAGUUCAUCGCCAGGUUCUUCAAGCAGCCCACGUUCUGCAGCCACUGCACCGACUUCAUCUGGGGCUUUGGGAAGCAAGGAUUCCAAUGCCAAGUGUGCUGUUUUGUGGUCCAUAAGAGGUGCCAUGAGUUCGUCACAUUCUGUUGCCCUGGAGCGGAUAAAGGACCAGACACAGAUGACCCUCGGAGCAAGCAUAAAUUUAAAAUCCACACUUAUGGCAGCCCAACCUUUUGUGAUCACUGUGGCUCCCUGCUCUACGGUCUCAUCCACCAGGGGAUGAAAUGUGACACCUGUGAUAUGAAUGUCCAUAAGCAGUGUGUGCUAAACGUGCCAAGCUUGUGUGGAACGGAUCACACUGAGAGACGAGGACGAAUCUUCCUGAAGAUUGAAGUGAGUGGAGAAGAGCUGCAUGUUACAGUGGGAGAAGCCAGGAACCUGAUCCCAAUGGACCCCAAUGGCCUGUCCGACCCAUACGUCAAGCUGAAGCUCAUCCCAGACCCUAAAAACGAGACCAAGAAGAAGACCAGGACAAUCCGCUCAUCCCUGAACCCCACCUGGAACGAGUCUUUCAAAUUUAAGCUGAGGGCCCAAGAUAAGGACCGCAGGCUCUCGGUGGAAAUCUGGGAUUGGGACAGAACCACCAGGAACGACUUCAUGGGUGCCAUGUCUUUUGGCGUGUCAGAGCUAAUCAAAGCUCCAGCAUCCGGAUGGUAUAAGAUGCUGAACCAAGAGGAGGGCGAGUAUUACAAUGUGCCGAUCUCGGAGGAGGAUGACGGGAACGAUGAGCUCAGGCAGAAGUUUGAGAAAGCUAAGCUGGGCCCCGGUAAGAAGAUCAUUACUCCGACGGUUGACGACGACAGGUCCAGUUUACCCUCCAGCAGCCUGGACCAGGUCAAGCUGUGUGACUUUAACUUCCUGGCUGUGUUGGGAAAAGGAAGCUUUGGAAAGGUGAUGUUAGCGGAGAUGAAGAGCAGUGAGGAACUGUAUGCUAUCAAGAUCCUGAAGAAGGAUGUGGUGAUUCAGGAUGAUGAUGUGGAGUGCACCAUGGUGGAAAAGAGGGUAUUAGCCCAACAAGACAAGCCACCAUUCCUCACCCAGCUCCACUCCUGCUUCCAGACUGUGGAUCGUCUGUAUUUCGUGAUGGAGUAUGUGAAUGGAGGUGACCUCAUGUAUCACAUUCAGCAAGUGGGCAAAUUCAAAGAACCUCAAGCAGUGUUUUAUGCAGCAGAGAUCGCUGUAGGCCUGUUCUUCCUGCACCAGAAAGGAGUCAUAUACAGGGAUCUGAAGCUGGAUAAUGUAAUGCUGGAUGCUGAGGGUCACAUUAAGAUCGCUGAUUUUGGAAUGUGUAAGGAGAACAUAUUUGAAGGCGUCACAACGCGCACCUUCUGCGGGACACCUGACUACAUCGCACCAGAGAUCAUAGCUUACCAGCCAUAUGGGCGCUCAGUGGACUGGUGGGCGUACGGUGUUCUGCUGUACGAGAUGCUGGCUGGACAGCCGCCAUUUGAUGGUGAAGAUGAGGACGAGCUGUUCCAGUCCAUCAUGGAGCACAACGUGUCCUACCCCAAAGCCCUGUCUAAAGAAGCUGUGUCUAUCUGUAAAGGGCUGAUGACAAAACACCCAACCAAGCGGCUGGGCUGUUCACAGGAAGGCGAGCGGGACAUCCGGGAGCAUGCGUUCUUCCGUCGGAUCGACUGGGAACGUCUGGAGAACAGAGAGGUCCAGCCUCCAUUCAAACCAAAAGUGUGUGGAAAGAAUGCAGAGAACUUCGACAAGUUCUUCACACGUACGCAGCCCCAGCUGACCCCGUCAGACGAGCUCGUCAUUGCCAACAUCGACCAGGCCGACUUCGCCGGCUUCUCCUUCAUCAACCCGCAGUUCGCCCACCCCUCCCUCACCAACGUCGCAUGAGCCAGGACCGAGGCGAGACGCAAGAGUAACUCUACCUACACAACCCCAGAAGGCCUCAUGCUUAGCGUUAUCCCUGUGUCCCGUACAAAACUCCUAAUCCAAACUUCUCCUUACUCUACUUUUUUCUAGAUUUUAAAGAAUUCUUCUCCUGUCCAUCGUCCAAUGAGUUUUAGGCCAAUCAAAGAGUUUACCUUAAUGAUGUCAAAAAAAAAAGAAAGAAAAGAAAUGAAAAGAUCUAGCACUUGGGGUGUGUGUUGUGUGGCGUAUGGGUGUUUACAGUAUAAACCGACCACAUAUUAUCUUGUUUAGAGAGGAUUUAGCUCCAGGCACCGAACGGAAAGCCAUCCAUGCUCUUGGAGGCCAUCCUGGCUCAAGCUGCUGGGCUUUGACCGAGCAAGAUCUCACCACCUGCUGUCUCCUCCAAACAGUUGCCAUUAAAGCCCAUAACAGAUGCAGAAACCCGUAACAGUGCUUCCUGGAGUUUAGAAAGUAAGCCAUGGCAGUCUUCCCAAUCAGGAGGCACAGAGUGGGUCAUGGACCAGCAGGCCUCCAUCAGUCUUUUAUUUUAAUGUGUUUGUUUUAAUUCUGUGCUCGAUGUUCCAAAGCCAUUUCGUGUAAAAGGCCAGUCGUGUUGAAAGCUUUGUUAAUCUUAAAUUGUUAAGCUUUGCCUGCCCAGAAUCUUCUUUAGACUUUAGUUUCAGACAUGCAGCUUAAGGCAGGUGCUUUCUGUGCAAGUGUAGAGGCAUUAUCAUGUGUUUUUUUUUUUUUACAAAUGUCCCUAAUAUCAGGCCAGUUUAUGUAUCUCAGAUUAAGCAACAGUAGAUUUUUCACUGUAAAGCAUUAUUUACAGUGUUUAAUUUAACAGUGUUUAAUUUAAACAGUGUAAUAAAAAGCAAGGCAAGUUAGCCUUAGAUAGCUAUGUCAUUAACCUAAACUCUCUGAUGUACCCUACUAUUUCACAGUUUAGAGAUAUUGCCUGAUAGUUACCUAACUUCUAUAGUCCAGUUUUUCAAAUUAUUCUAAACAAAAUACUACUAACAGUGUAAUUUAGCACAGGAUAAAAGCUAAUUUCUGUAUAAAAGCAGAGCCUGAGAGUUUUGACUGUAGCAGACACUUUAGCUUUAGAGUCUGCAGCUUCAAUAGAACUCUCUUCUUUACAUUUAAAUAUUAGUGACAAAUGCUUUUUUUUUAGAUAGCAACUCUCUAAAUAUCAUUUUGAUCCUUUGCUUACACCAAAGCCAAGGUCUCCAACUAGCAUACAAGCUAACUGAACAGCAUUGAAAAAUAUUCACACCCAUUUGUGGGUGGUCUAAGUCUGGUUUGCUUUUAUACUUUGCCAUGACACUCCAAUAGAAGUCAUCAUUUUCUCAUUUCUCAAUAGAACGUUCAGUUUUGUCUUUUUGUCACUCCUUGAAAAAAGCUAAACAUGCUAACACUGCUAAUAAUGUGUGAAAGCUUCUUGGACGUGGUCACUUUGCAACACACAUGCAAAGUCAUUUCUGAACCAUUUCAUUAUUUUAUUACUUUUAAACUGUCCUCUUACUUAUCAGAGUUUAAAACUUUUAAGUUUAAAACAAGAAGUAAAUUCAGGCACUUUUGACAAAGUCUUAUACAGUAUAUAUAGAUAAAUAGAAAGAACCCAAUGCCAGUUUCCUCUCUUUCACUGAAGCCAAACAAACCCACUUUAUUUCUAUACCAUUUCAUCCAUUUUCACGGGGGCUUGUGGAACACACCAGGAAAUGUUCUAUAAGUAAAGAAUUACUGAUAAAUGAAGUGUUUGCAUAUCUGUCAUGCACAUGUGAUGUUGCAUGCUACUGAAUUCAAAUGUUUUCCUCCAUGUUGAAGAGUAUUGUUUGAUGCGUUCUCUUUGUGUUGCUUGCCGAAAUCAUCUUUCUACUUUUAUUUUAAAUUUUCUUCAUGAAGAUGUCAUGUUUCCUUCUUUUCUUUUGAUCUACCAUGUGACCACUCACUGCAAUAUCGCAGUGUAUUAACAAUUCUGUAAAUAUUCAUAGGUUAUUUAAGAAAGAGAAUAGCAAGUUGAGAUUUUUAUAACAACAACUGAAUGUGCUUUUAUGACAUUUAGCUGAGAACGAGCACCUAAGCAACCUACUUGUCGGGUUUAAGUCUUUACAGCAUUGAAUCAGCUGAUGUUAACUUUGAAAUAUAGCGCAAUUAUGAGAUGUUUUAAUGUUCCUUGCUUUGUUUUAGUAACCUUUUCGAUCUUAAAUUUUUUUGUGUUUUAAUUGCCUCUUCUUGAGGACUCUUAUGCUAAUUAUGAAACUGUUAGAAAUUACAUACAUGUGCAAAUUGUCAAACUGUAAUUGUAAUUAUGGCUUGUUUAUGUGUACCAUGGUUUACAUCACAGCUUAUUAUUAAAACAUAUUACUUUAGUAGUAACUCAUACAGCGUACAUACAGAAUAGAUAUUUGUUGGAAGAGAAUUUCAGAAUACCCAUGUUCUCUAUCAUAUCUGGUACAGGCUGCAAUGUAGGAGCUGAUUGGAUGCCGUGGUUGUGAAGUUGGAGCUGAUUGGCUGCUGUGGUCCUGCUGUUGCCUUGGCUCUCCUGGCCUGCAUGUUGUUGACUAGGCAGGAAGUGCACGACUAGAUAUAUAUUUAGAUAUAUAAUAUACAGCAUGCAUGAAAAUGAAAGCAUUCCAGAUUACAGCAUGGACGUAAUGUGACAAGAAAAACAGCUACAAAAAAAAGUUUUCUUUAAUAUUUUAUUGUGUUUGUUUUUCUUUAUUGAAAACUGCCAGGCUUUGGGGAACGUCUAAUUUUUGAUGCAUAUCAUAUACAUUUUUUAUUGUUAUUUUUGAAUCAAGGAAUAGAGCCAGGAACUGGACUGUCUGUUUGAUUUCAUCUUUAUAUAUUAGGUACCAGCUUCAGUGUCACAGUGCAAAAUAAUUAAAUACCAUUGCCAUCUCUGUGCUUCGCUUUCUUUGACACCAGUAUCAGUAUUUACAGUAGAAAUAGUGUGUGUCUGCGUCUACCCAUUUCAAAUCCUCAAUAACCAAUUUAUCCUUUUCAGUCAUCACUUUCUACUCCUUAAACCCCCAGAUUUACCAUUCAGUUUUUUGAUCUUAGGGCUUUUUUGUUGAGAUUUGAGUAACUGCUUUAAUUAUCCAGUAACUACAAUAAAAACAACCCCUUGACUUAACAGCAAGUGUAGCAUUGUCUCUGACUUCACAUCUAAAAGGUGGAGCAGCUAGAUAGGAGGCUACAGAUACUCCUAUAGGAAAUAACGGGCCUCCUAUAGGUCUCCUACAGAGAUUCAUAUAGGUAAUUAUUGGCCUCCUGUAAAUCCUAUAGCUUCUAUAGGUCUUCUACAGAUACUCUUAUAGGUAAUAACAGACCUCCUAUAGGUCAUAUAGCUUCUAUAGGUCUCCUACAGAUACUCCUAUAGGAAAUAACAGGCCUCCUAUAGGUCCUAUAGCUUCUAUAGGUCUCCUACAGAUACUCCUAUAGGAAAUAACAGGCCUCCUAUAGGUCCUAUAGCUUAUAUAGGUCUCCUACAGAUACUCCUAUAGGAAAUUACAGGCUUCCUGUAGGUCCUUUAGCUCCUAUAGGUCUCCUACAAAUGCUCCGUUAGGAAAUAACUGGUCUCCUGUAGGCCCCAUAUCUCCUAUAGAUCCCUACAGAUACUCUAUUACUACUGGAAAGAACUGCUCUCCUAUAGACCCUAUAGCUCCUAUAUGUUUAUACAGAUACUCCUAUAAGAAAUUACCGGCCUCCUAUAGGUCCUAUAGCUCCUAUGGGUCUUAUACAGAUACUCCUAUAGGAAAUAACUGGUCAUCUAUAGCUCCUAUAGGUCUCCUACAGAUAGUCCUGUAGGAAAUGACUUGUUUUCCAUUGAUCAUACAGCUCCUUUUAGUCUACUACAGAUAAAACGGAUGGGGAAAAAUGAUGAUUAAGAAACAGUAUACUGUUCAGCUCUAUAAUAUAUUUAGUCGGGUUUUAUGCAACUACUGUAGUUGUGUGUUAAAGUAGGUGAUUUAAAAAUAUGAAUAUUUCAUUACUUACCAAGAGAACAUAUCAUGUAUUUCUGCUAUCCAUAAUUACAACAUGUGAAAACCUUUACAGUUUUAUGACAAAUGAGCCAAAAAAAAGUCCCCCCAAAAAAAUCUGCUUAUAGUAAUUUAAUUGAAAAUGUAUCAUUUUAAGAAAAAACACGUACAUAAAGUUACAUCUGCAAAGUCCUAUUAUUUAAAGAGACGUUUAGCUAAUUUGCUAAUUUGUAGACCCAAAACUUUUUAAAACUGGUAAAUCAGUGUCAUAACCAAUUUAUUUGUUGUAAUAACUUUCUGUGGUUUGGCUUUUAAAGUCUUUAAACUUUUUAGAGGUCUGGUUCCAUUCAUCACCACUGUAGACACUUCUUCUGUGCCAAGCCAGUGCCAGACAGAACCCGAUGAUAGCAGUGUUGCACUAACUGUGUCGUCUUCACCAAAAUACAUACAGUAGACUUUACACUUUCGCAGUGUGUGGUAGACUGACCCAAGAUCUGUCUCUUGGUGCCACAUGCCUGGCCUCUCUGGCCUGGUCUUACAGCCCUAGUUGUUCUGGCCUUGUUCUCUGGCCUGUUCUCUUUACUCUGGUAUAACAAGCCUGGUCUCUCUAGCCUGAUCUAACUUACAAACCUGGACUCUUUGUCCUGGUCUCAACUCAUCUCAACUCAACUCAACUUUAUUUAUAGAGCACUUUAAAAACAACAACAGACGCAACAAAAUGUUGUACAUAGCAAAUUAAGUAAAGUAAAGACAAGUAAAGCAAAAUUAAAACAGUAAAAUAAAAUAGGUAAAAAUAAAGAACUAAAACAAGAACAAAGUCUCAAAUUGGGUUAAAAGCCAAGAAAUAAAAAUGAGUCUUUCGCCUGGUUUUAAAAGUGGACAGUGACGGAGUCUGUCUGACAUAUAGUGGUAGGUCAUUCCACAGUUUAGGAGCCGCUAGAGUCUAGUGAUCCUUGUUUCUCUACUCUAGUCUAAUGAGCAUGGUCUUUCUGGCCUGGUCUUACAAACCUGCAUUAUCUGGCCUGGGUCACGAUCCUGGUCUAGGAAACCUGUACUCCAUUGCCUGGUCUGAUGUUCCUAGCCUUUCUGGCCUGGUCUAACAUGCCUGGUCUAAAAAGCCUGAUUUUUUCUGGCCCAGUCUAGUCUUACAGGCCAGAUUCUCCACUUCUUUCUGAUUCUUUUCACAGUUGCUUCCUCUGCUUGACCAUUUUAUCCCCAUUUUGCCUUACCUAGCAAUCAGACCAUCCCUGUGCCUCUGAUGAAAAAUGCAUAAAUCCUGGUGUGUGGAUGUGUGUGUGGAUUAAUACUAGGGCUUAUAUUUUUGCCCCAGGCUUCUUCCCUGUCUUUCAUAAGUAUCUCUCUCUUUCUCUCUCUCUUUCUCUCUCCCCUCUGGCCAUUUCUCACAACAGCCUUCUGGCAAUAAACAUUUUUCUUUCAUUCUCUCUCUCUGACUCACUUGUUCACUAUCUCUCAUAUUCUUUAUAUAUUUUCUUACAUUCUCUGUAUUUUUUCUCAUUCUGUCUGUUUUAUUUCUGCUUUUUCUUUCUCUAUAUUUUAUCUUCUUCACUCUCUUUUAUCUCUCAGCUUUCUCAUUCUCUCUUUCUCUUAGUUCAGUUUCUCAGUGUUUCUCACUUAUCUCUCUCUCUCUCAGUUCAGUUCAGUCUCUCAAUGUCUCUCACCCACACCACUUCUAUAUUUUCCUUUUUAAUAGAGAAUUUCUAUUCAAAAUGCUUUGUAGUCCAAGAUUAGGAUUAAUCCCUGUCUGGAAAACUUGCCCCUAUGUUUUUUUUUUACCUUGUCUCUCUUUCUCUCUCUCUCUCUCUCUCUCUCUCUCUCUCUCUCUCUCACUAACUUUCUCAUUCUCUCUACUCUCUCCCCCACUCUCUGUCUCUUGUCUCUUAUGUCUCUCUUGUCCCAGCCAUCUCACUGAAACAACACAUUCAGCUUUCCUGACAGGCCGACUCUAAUCGGAAAAUCGAUACUGGACAGUCACUUUUUUUUGUCACUUUUCCUAGCCGAUACAAACCACCAGGCACAGUCGUACAAUCAUAUAUCAAAAUAACCCUCAGCUAAACUUCCUCACCUGCUUUUCAUUUGCUUGGUUGUUUAGCUGCGUAAUCAACACACUUGACUGCAAAUCUAUGAACUGACCCUCAAGAACUGAGGGUGGAUUUCUUCCUUUAAUGGCUUGUCUUUUUCUCUUCCUUUUGUUUAGUUUUUUUUUCUUUUUUUCCUCCUGUGUGUGUGUUUGUGUUCUGUUGAACUCCAAGGAGGUAGAUUGGUUUAUUUCCUUUAAUUUCCAGCACAGGAUCAACAGAAGGCCUUAGAUCGCUUAUAUCUCUGUUUCUGUCCCUGGACAUACUGAUGUAGGAGCCCAUAGCCUGUGAGAGAUCUGCUCCACUGUAUUUUGUUAUGGUGUCUGUUAGUCUGUUUUCCUAACUGAGUCCAUGCUUUUACCAUGUAACUGACGUCAUUUGUACCUAAUGUAUGAUACUGCAAAUAAAGUAAGAGAAAUAAAAC